AUGUUCAUCAAUACAACACCGAUAACUAAUAUUACAACUGAAAUAAAUCCAGACAACCUGAGGACCUACAUGAACACAACUGAGGAUAAUCCAUUACAAGGGAACAAUAGUAACUUCUAUGGUGGAAACGACACGAAAACACCUUGUAAAGUUUUCAACUCAACAUCAUAUGGAGACAGCAACGCUGGGACGUUCGAGGCAAAAAUAAUCGAAAUACUCACAUACUUUCCUAUAACUAUUUGGAUAGGCUCAUUGCCGAAUAUUCUUAUCAUUUGCAUUUUGAUGAAAAAAAGAAAUCGUAAAUUUUCAACAGCGGUUUUCUUGAUGUCACUUGCUGCUGCAGAUUUGGCAAACGGAUGUGCCACAUUGAUGUACUGGCUGCAAGACAAUCGCUUCAUUGAGGAAUCUUACUCUAAAUUUGACUGUGUUUUAAGAAACUAUAUCGGGAUAGUUUUUAUAAUGGUAUCGAACUGGUUAUUGGCUGUUAUUUCAGUUGAAAGAUGUAUCUGUGUGGUAUAUCCGUUUGAUGUGAAGAAAAUAUGUUCAGUCACUGUAUCAAAGAUUGCAGUUAUAAUGGUUUGGGCAGCAGCGUUUAUCGUUGAGGCUAUACUGUUCUGGUCAAAUUUCAAAAUCGAGUACAACACCGACAUACAAUACGAUUAUGAAGACUGCUUUGCAGAGGAAUCUGACGAUAUGGCUCCCAAAGUGUGCAACGUUGACUUCAUCAGUGAAUGGCAUGAUCAAUUUUACAGCAUUAUUCAACCAAGCGUAAACGUUUUUCUGCCAUAUUCUAUAAUAAUGAUUUUUUCAUGUAUCAUUAUCUAUAACCUGAAGAAAGAAGAAAUACAAAAAAGAAAAACGGCAACAGUUGUUAACGCGAUUCUGACUUUGAAUGUCAUUUUCUUGGUAACAAACUUGCCAGAGAUGGUGGUUGAAUUUUUACGGCUUUCGGGUUAUGCAGUCAAUGAAGUUGUAGAAACGGUUGCUUUCAGGCUGCGAGAAUUAAACUUUAUUGCUAAUUUCUUUGUUUAUUUUCUUAGUGGCUCUAGGUAUAAGACUGAAGUAAAAGAUCUUUUUGCACGGGCAUGGGAUAAAACCAACAAUUUUGACUAGAUCUACAGAUUUAUUAUAUUUUUAUUUUCAUUUUGUUUCACAAAGGACAACAAUUUAUGGUUUAAUUGUUAGUUAUUUAAAAAUUGUCAUUUUGUUUUAACCAUGUUUAAGAUCUUAAUUUUCUCUCUUUCUACAAAAGGCAAUUACAUCGUAAUUUGACAUUA